AAGUAGCAGUAUUCAAAGAGACGUGGUUGGAUCUUCAAGAGGCUACCGAAACUCUUGAACCUCGGUACAGCCUAAGAAGCAGUCACCUAAAAGAAUCACUGUUCAGUGAUCCUUCAUAACUAAAAGACAUUCAUCAGACGCACCGUAGCUAUGGUAGGGGUUACAAGUUCCUGGUCAGUCCCUCGUUGGAUAAUGGUCAGCAUCUUCCUGAUCGGUUGGAUUCACCUAUCAGCAGGAAAGUGCCAACACUAUGGUCACGCUUGUCUCGGAGCCCAUGGAAAGAAACGAGCAGAAGAGAGCUUUACUAUCAAUUCAAUCCGACUGCCACAACAAAAUCCCGUGCCAAUCCCACGACAAUUUUCUUUUCUUGCCAACGAAGAUUCAUCUGAAGAAGUAAUGAAGGUUUCCGCCACCGAGCCAGGUGACCACUUUGCGACUCAAACCCGCCGUCUGAUUGGUAGACGUUUGCCUCCUGGAUUCAUAUUCACCGUACUGACGUCACAACGUAAUGGAGGCUGACUUCCUCACGUACUCAACGGACGUUAAUUCAUUUUCUUUUCAAUGCCUGCAAAUGAAGAAAUAAAGAGAAUAAGUAACUGUAACGCAACACUGACUGAGUUGGCUAUUGGCUGGCUGUUGGCGCUCAUUCCCUUAAUGUAAAAUCUCCACACAGAAAUCUGCAUCAAACCUGUCCUUAAAGAUGACCUGUCUAUGUACUAGUUCUGCCAAGUUAGUAUUAACAUCUAAAUUGUUCAUUGCAAUUGUAUGAAAAGAUGAUGGAUAUCGUUCAGUCAGGUAUGAAUCUAUGCUGUUCCACUAAUAUCCACCUAUACAGUCACAAGAAAAGAAUAUUAAACUUUUCAACUACCCUAAUAAAA